AUGGUUCAGUCACCGAUGCUUGCGUGUCCGCUGAAGCAGACCAACGAGAUUGAUUGGAUCCAACCCCUCAAGGAUUACAUCCGACAGACCUACGGCGAGGACCCCGAGCGCUAUGCUUCAGAAUGUACUACCCUCAACCGCCUCCGCCAGGACAUGAGAGGUGCCGGUAAUGAUAGCGCCACCGGACGCGAUCUGUUAUACCGAUACUACGGACAACUAGAGCUGUUAGAUCUUCGGUUCCCCGUCGACGAGAACCAUAUCAAGAUCUCAUUCUCAUGGUUCGAUGCUUUUACUCACAAACAAACCUCCCAAUACUCGUUGGCCUUCGAAAAAGCUUCUAUUAUCUUCAACAUCUCCGCCGUUCUCUCCUGCCAUGCCGCUAAUCAGAAUCGCGCCGAAGAUGUCGGCGUAAAAACGGCAUAUCAUUCCUUCCAGGCAUCCGCGGGUAUGUUCACCUACAUCAAUGAGAAUUUCUUGCAUGCGCCAUCGACCGAUCUGAACCGGGACACGGUCAAGACGUUGAUCCAUGUGACACUUGCCCAGGCGCAGGAGGUGUUUCUUGAGAAGCAGAUCGCGGAUGCGAAGAAGUCUGGGUUCUUGGCGAAGUUGGCAGGUCAGGCUGCCUACCUGUAUGCGCAGGCGGCAGAAACAAUGCAGGACUUUGUCAGCAAGAACGUCUUCGACAAGGUGUGGUCGAUUGUAGUGCAGGCAAAGGGGGCGCACAUGAACUCCGUUGCAUCCUACUACCAGGCUAUUGCUGACAGUGAAAGCGGGUCCCAUGGUGUAGCCAUUGCUCGACUGAAGUUAGCUGAGAAACAGUCUGCAACUGCUCUGACCUGGGCUAAGUCAUUCCCGUCCUCGGCUCCUGCAACAUCGAAUCUACCAGCAGAUGCGGGAGGUAACCUGGUCGAGCUUAUCAAGCACAACCAGGCCAAUGUACAGUCUCAACUGGUUACUUUGAUUAAAGACAACGACUUUAUCUACCACCAACCCGUUCCAAGUGAAGCAGGCCUCUCGCCUGUUGCCAAGCUUCCGGCGGCGAAGGCGAUCCCAGUUGUCGAGCUAUACCAAGGACAGGAUAUCCAGCGUAUUAUUGGACCUGAUAUUUUUGCGAAGCUGGUUCCUUUGGCUGUCACGGAGACGGCUAGUCUGUAUGAUGAGGAGAAGGCCAAGCUUAUUCGCGCCGAAACCGAGAAGGUUGAGACUGCCAAUGGCGAGAUGGCUGCUAGUUUAGAUUACUUGAAGCUUCCAGGCAGUCUGAACAUUCUCAAGGGUGGAAUGGACCAAGAAAUGACAGUGGAUGAAGAAUUUCGCCGCUGGUGUUCAGAGCUUGGUGGACAUGCAUCGUUCAACCGAGCUCUUGACGAGCUACAGGAGCGUAAGGCGGAAGUUUUAUCGCAGCUGGAUCAGUGCUCAAAGCAGUUAGAUCUGGAAGAGAGUGUAUGUGAGAAGAUGCGCUCCAAGUAUGGAGGCGACUGGAGUCAACAACCCAGUGGUCGGCUGAACACUACACUCCGAGGAGAUGUUCGCACAUACAGAGAUACCGUCAGCGAAGCCAGUGCGAGUGAUACUCAGCUGUCGUCCACACUGCGGCAGUACGUGGAAGACUUUGAUCAGAUGCGAUCUGCUGGAGAAACAGACGAAGCCGACGUUCUCUUCCAGCAGGCUCUUAUCAAGGCUGGUUCCAAGCAUAACAAAGGUAAAAAUGGUGUUAGCAGCCCUGCCGAAGGCAGUCUAUUAGACGACGUCUAUAAUGAGGGCAGUGCAUCUGUUGCGGGACAGAUAGCUAAGGUGGAGGAGAUUUUGAAGAAGCUUAAUCUUGUCAAGAGGGAGCGGUCCCAAGUCCUCAAAGAUCUCAAAGAAAAGGUUCACACCGACGAUAUCUCAAAUGUGUUGAUUCUAAAUAAGAAAACCAUUGCUGGCCAAGAAAGCGAGCUCUUCAAGGUUGAACUAGAAAAGUUCCUACCACAUCAAAAUCGUCUGUUACAGGCGAAUCAUAAACAGUCAUCUUUGAUGAAAGAACUUACCAAGACAUACGCCGACUUGUUACAAGACAAGCGAGUUCAAUCCGAACAAUCCAAGUACGAGGGAAUUACACGGCAAAGAAAUGCAGUGAUGGCUCGAUACAAGAAAGUGUAUGAGGCAUUCAACGGUCUUUCAUCUGGUAUUGUCCAGGCUCGAACCUUCUACAAAGAUAUGGGCGAUAAUGUCGAGAGCCUUCGCAAGAAUGUGGAAACUUUCAUCAGUAACCGUCGGUCUGAGGGCGCCCAGCUUUUGAGCCAAAUCGAGCGCGACAAGGCUAGUGGUGUCUCAGAACAAGAGGAUCAGGAGCGGGAAAAGCUCCGUCAGCUGAUGGAGCGUCUGUCGACGGAACCAAAGCCAUCGGCAACUUCCCCAUUAACAAGACCCCCAACGGCACCUUCCAAGGUGAAGUCGCCGCCGCCGCCUGUUCAAACACCAGCAUACGGAACAGGCCCGUCCCCGAAGCCGUCACCCCGCUACCCACCGAGCAUGCCACCACAUGGUAUUCCUGCAUCACACUCUCCGGCGCCUUAUGGGCAGUACUUGGGCAUGGGAGCAAGCCCGGCUAUGCCAUAUGCAGGUCAACAGCCCUUCCAGCAAGGCGCCGCUGCUCCACUCUCUGAAGGAUACAACCCCAUGGCAUACCCGUACCAAACACCAGUCUCCCCACCGCCCAACCAGCAGUUCUUUUCCCAAACCCCGGCUCCAUAUGGGUACCCAAGUGCUAGUCCUGCGCCUUCCGCUGCGACGGCUGGUACCCCACAGCACUAUAUGACUCCGCAGGGCUAUAUCCCUCCCCCGCCCCCUCCUCGCCCUCAGCAACCCAGCUACCCACCUUCCGCUGGUCCCUAUCCAUCUGGACCUGGCGGGUAUGCUCAGCCCAGGGCGUACGGACACAACAAGACACCUUCCCAAUCUCAGCCCCAGUCAUCUGCCACCACUGAUCCCUGGUCUGGACUCAAUUCCUGGAAGUAG